CGUUGGGGAGGCACGAGGAGAGGGAGCCAGCAACAACAGCUCGGCGAUGGAAUCGUUCACGCUGUGGACCGGUACACAAUCCCCACAAUCCCCCCUUACGCACUGCACUGCACUCACUGAUCGAUCCAGCAGCAACCUCAUCGAUCUUCAUUCACAUUGCACAGGAGCUCUGUGCCGAAUGGAUCGCACUGAACCUACCACCCUCGGAUGUUGUUGUUGAUCAAUAUGGGGCCACCUAGAGCUCGUGGUGGAAUUUGUGGGGAUCGGGUGGGCCAGACCAUAUUGUGAUCGCAUCGAUCGCAUCGCUUCUAGCAACCAUACGACGCUAGUUUAGCCUCUCUGGGGGCUGCCUACACGGGGUUAUUUGUGGAUUCAGGAAACGUGGGUUGCAUGUGAGGUGAGGAGAGAGGGAGCGAGUGAUGGUGGACAGUGGGCAACAGAGCUAUGGCCGGCACCGUGUUCUCAUGGUCUCGGACUUCUUCUACCCUAACUUCGGCGGGGUGGAGAAUCACAUCUAUUACCUCUCUCAAUGUCUGUUGCAGCGUGGGCACAAGGUGGUUGUUGCAACACACGCAUAUGGGCGUAGGAGUGGUGUUCGAUAUAUGACCAACGGGCUGAAAGUGUACUACAUCCCUCGCCUUCCUUUCAUUCAACAAAACGUGCUUCCAACUCUUUCUGGCUCUCUACCAAUUAUCCGAACUAUACUUGUGCGAGAGGGCAUCACAUUAGUUCAUGGCCAUCAAGCCUUUUCAACAUUGUGCCAUGAAUCUCUUCUGCACGCGCGGACUAUGGGGCUUCGGGUUGUUUUCACAGACCACUCCCUAUAUGGCUUCGCGGACCUGGGAAGUAUCCAUAUGAACAAGGUUCUCCAAUUCACUCUCGCAGAUGUUCACCAAGCUAUCUGUGUCUCUCACACCAGCAAGGAAAAUACUGUGCUCCGCUCCGGACUUAACCCUGAGAAGGUGUUUGUCAUCCCAAAUGCUGUAGACACGGCUAUGUUCCGGCCUGAUCCAGAGGCAUGUCCCAGUAUCAAGGAUCAAGUUAUUAUCGUGGUCAUUAGUCGUCUUGUAUAUCGAAAAGGGGCGGACUUGCUGGUGGAAGUCAUUCCUGAGGUCUGCAGACUCUUUCCAAAAGUGAGGUUUAUAGUGGGUGGUGAUGGGCCCAAGAGGGUGCGUCUGGAAGAGAUGAGAGAAAAACAUGGCCUUCAAGACCGUGUUGAGAUGCUGGGAUCUGUGCCACAUGCCGAAGUCCGGUCCGUCUUAGUUCGUGGACACAUUUUCCUCAAUAGCUCGCUGACAGAGGCAUUCUGCAUUGCAAUAUUAGAAGCAGCCAGUUGCGGGCUCCUGACUGUGAGCACACGUGUGGGUGGUGUUCCCGAGGUGCUGCCUGAUGAUAUGAUCGUUCUUGCUCCACCUGUACCAGCCGAGAUGGUAGUUGCUAUUGGUCAAGCGAUCAAGCUUUUGCCGCAAGUAGAUCCAUUCUCCAUGCACAACAGAAUGAAGAAUCUGUAUAGCUGGAUGGACGUUGCCAAGCGUACAGAAGUUGUGUAUGACCAAGCUUUGAGGUCUGAGGACGACGAUUUGCUGCUUCGUCUCGGACGAUACUACGCUUGUGGCCCUUGGGCAGGAAAAUUGUUCUGUUUGGUGGCAGUCGUCAACUACAUCGUCUGGUGCUUCCUUGAGUGGCAACAGCCUGCAAAAGAAAUGGAAAUUACUCCAGAUUUACCGCCACCUCAAGCAUUUGUUGACAAACUAGAUUAGUUCCGAGCUAGACAGUCCUUGAUUCUUAAGUCUCCUCUAUUGGGGUUCCAAUUUCCAUUUUUCACAAUUUCAGCCGAUUUUCGUUAGCAUAGUGCGUCUAUCUUUGCACAACAAGCUUUGUGUGUAAAUUAUUAAUGUUCCUCGUUGGGCGGUUAUUGUCUGACUGAUUUUCAGAAUGCCUACUCCUGUGUUUUUAUCA